UUUAAAAAAUAUAGUCUCUAGUAUUUUGAGAGUCCUUUUUGAUUAUCAACUCUACCACUGUCCUCUUUUUUUAAAAUGAAAUCUAAUUUGGCAAUUUAGUUACCCCAAUAUCUUCAUCUAAAGUAAUGAGAUAGCCUGUUAUUUGAAGCAUCCUGCAUCUUUUGGGUUUUAAUGGAAACUAUGAAUGGUUUGGGAAUUGAUUUUAAUUCUAACACACAUCUUCCUCUUCUUAAGGGUUCGAGGAAUUUUCCUGUAUGCAGUUCCAGGAGCAGUACAGCCAAAAAUGGUGGCCUUCUUCUCAGCACCAAUAUGAAGUGGGUACAAUUUUCAAACCUACACGUUGAUGUUCCCAAGGAUUUGACAAAGCCUACGAUAACCGUUUCUGAUGAACCAGACACGUUAUAUAAGCGCCUAUCGGUUUUAGUAAAAGGCCAUGAUAAGGCUGUAUUGGACAGUUAUGAACAUUUUGCAGUGCUUGCUGCUAAAGAACUUGGUAUCUCUGUUAAUGUACAUGAACCUCCAAGGAAAAUAGAGCGAUUUACUCUUCUCAAAUCAGUGCAUAUUUUCAAGAAGCACAGGGUUCAGUAUGAAAUGAGAACACUUUACAGAUGUUUAGAGUUAGAACAUCUCACUGGGAGUACAGCAGAUGUCUACUUGGAAUAUAUUCAGCGAAACUUACCUGAAGGAGUUGCCAUGGAAGUUACAAAGACAAAAUUAGAACAGUUACCAGAACACAUCAAGAAGCCAAUUUGGAAAACAAUACCAGAGGAAGAAGAAAGCAAGUCAUAAAGUCUCAGAGUGACCACUUGUGCUGGGAUGUGAAGUGAGCAUGUCAAGUGGAGUGAGUCUCCAGUGAAGACAGUCUCAAGUCACCCUGACUGCUCUCCUGAGGCCGCACGGCCUGAUCAGUAGAAAGCAGGGAUUGGAAGUUUACGAUACACCAGACUAUUGUGCAGGAACCACCUUAUCUAUUCUUUUAUACAUGUCAUUGUUUCAGUUUGGAUUUUAACAAAUGUGAGCAAACCAUUUGGACCACUCUGUACCAAAGCAGUCAAAUUCAUAUUUUGUUAUUCCACUA